UGAUAUGACGCACAUCCUCGUCUCCGGUUUGUCUUUCGCCUCCAAGAAGAAAAACAUCCGGCGAAGAACCAUCAGCAAGACAUCAACAACGGCAUUAAUCUGAAAACUACUCACGUUAACGUUAUACGUGACGAGCCAGACCCAAAUCAAGAUGGGAUAAACAGUUGUCUUUCAACUUCCCUCUCCACGCAAUAGGAUAACGCUACAACCAAUCAUCUUCUUGUUUUCAAGUAGCAGGAUGGGGAAUUCAUACUUAACGGUCACAACUUAUGGUCGCAGGUUGCAGUGGGCUUGUCUUAUCAUGAAAGCUUUGCAGAUCCACAGACAGCAUUCCCAUUGUAGUUGAUGAUCUGCUGCUGGUCAAGACAUGACAGACAGUGUGAGGACCUUCCUGCGCAAUGUUGCAAUGGGGGUAAAGGACUCCAUUGUAGGGAUUGGGACAAUCUCCAAACUUGAUGCCCGCAUACAGCAAAAAAGGGAAGAGCAGAGGCGGAGACGAACAAGUGGAGCUCUGGCACAACGGAGAGCACAAAUUAAUGACCGCAAGCCAGAGAGUGAACCAAAAUUAGCCAGCCGGAUCUUUCAGUGUUGUGCAUGGAAUGGAGGAGUGUUUUGGCUCAGUAUGUUACUCUUCUACCGAGUGUUUAUUCCACUCUUACAGACUGUAACAGCCAAAAUCAUAGGUGACCCAUCACUUCAUGGAAAUGUGUGGUCCUGGCUGGAGUUCAUUUUGACAUCUGUAUUUAGUGCUCUCUGGGUGCUUCCUCUUUUUGUGCUCAGCAAAAUUGUUAAUGCCAUUUGGUUUCAGGAUAUAGCUGAUCUUGCUUUUGAAGUUUCUGGACGAAAGGCCCAGCCCUUUCCCAGUGUUAGUAAGAUUGUUGCAGACAUGCUCUUCAAUCUCAUCCUCCAGGCCCUCUUCCUUAUUCAAGGCAUGAUUGUUAGUCUCUUUCCUAUUGACGCGAUUGGACAGAUGGUUAGUCUCCUACACAUGUCUCUGCUGUACUCUCUAUACUGCUUUGAAUACCGCUGGUUCAACCAUGGUAUCGAAAUGCAUCAACGGCUAUCAAAUAUUGAGAGAAAUUGGCCUUAUUACUUUGGCUUUGGUCUACCUAUGGCUCUGCUGACUGCUCUUCCAUCCUCAUAUAUCAUAAGUGGCUGUCUGUUCUCCAUCCUGUUUCCCCUCUUCAUCAUCAGCGCCAAUGAAGCCAAGACUCCAGUAAAGUUAUACCAUUUUCAGCUGCGCCUUUUCUCCCUUGUUGUGCUCAUCAGCAACAAGCUGUUUCACAAAACAGUUCAUCUCCAGUCCUCUCUAACAUCCUCUACCUCUAAUGAGAAACUGCCUUCCCCUCACGUGUCACCAGUUCUUCAGUAACCAAUGCCUUUUCAGUGACAUCCAGGAGUGAGAAUAUAGAGAGCACAAUCUGUUUCCAAGGCAAUUAAGUAUUUAUAUGGGGGAGCCAGAAAGGAAUAGGUAUUCUUUUUGCUAUCAUUUGGGAUUACAUAUGUUUAAGUCUUUCGACCAUCUGUAUACCCUGAAAAUGGAUUGAGCAAAUGUAAAUGACAAAUGUUCCACUUAACCUCACAGUUCCUGUGUUUGUGUGCCAUCUGAAUGGGUUGGAGUUUUUAAGAACAGCGUGGCCCAUAUUUCAAUUUUUUGUGUUGUCCCCAAAUUACUGUUUAUGUUAAUUUAACCUGUGGCCUUUUGAUUAAAAUAUUAUGCUAUCUCUUUUUUCCCCUCAUGUAUUGCACACUAAAAGACAAAAUGUUGAAGAGCAUGGUUUCUUUUGGCCUGUAAGCCAAUUUUCAGCUUGUGGCCAACAUGUAGGUAAAAACAGAACAUUGGCCAUUGAAGAUAAUAAUGUUAAUGUCAGAAGAAUUAAAGAAAAGAUAAGAAAGAAAA